UCAAUUUUUCUGGUAAAUGUCCAUGGCUUCACGGACCAUACCAAUCUCCUCUUUCAGCUCAGCAGUGAACUUUUCAUCAAAAUCCCAAUGGGGAUUUAACAGAAAAUCAUUGCCUUGCCUAACUAUUGGAGGAUCCAAAAGCAGAAUUCCACUCUCAAUUCGUGCAAUGGGCUCCUCAGCUUCUUCUUCUUCCUCGAAACCCGAUAGUGCUCAAGGGUCAAGUAAAAUGGAUUAUAGCUCAAUAAGUGAUGAGGAGUGGAGGAAGAAGCUAACAAAUGAACAAUUUUACAUUACACGGCAAAAGGGUACAGAACGAGCAUUCACUGGGGAGUACUGGAACACUAAGACCUCUGGAACAUAUCACUGCAUCUGCUGCGACACUCCUUUAUUUGAAUCUUCUACCAAAUUUGAUAGUGGGACUGGGUGGCCAUCAUACUACCAGCCCGUAGGCAACAAUGUGAAGUCAAAGAUGGACUUGUCUAUCAUUUUCAUGCCUCGUCAAGAAGUUCUAUGUGCAGCAUGUGAUGCUCAUCUUGGGCAUGUAUUUGAUGAUGGCCCUCCGCCUACUGGAAAGCGUUACUGCAUCAAUAGCGCUGCCCUAAAAUUCAAGCCAAAAUAGAAAUGUGCUGCGCCGAAUCCAACAGGUUAUCAAAGAGAUUGAAGAUAUCAAGCUGCAGAAUUAUUCAUAUGCAGGAAUAAUGUUGCUUCUAAAGUUUUAAUUAAGCUUGAUUGUUUCUUUUGUGUGAUGUGUUAAGUUCAUUUCUGCUGAUAUGUUCACAUUUACAUAAUGUGUAAGUUGGUCAAAUGUACACAUUUUUAGCAUACUUUACAUAAAUAUCUUAUAUGUU